AUGGGGUGCGCGUGCUCCCAUCCCAGUGCGCUCGACGAGUCUCCGCCUCACAAACCCGCAGCAGAGAAGCCUCCCCCUCCCUCGCAGCAGCAGAGACCGCCAGCCGCCACUCCGCCUCCCGCCGCCGUCCCCGUGGUACCGGAGCCCCCUUCCAUAAAGGAUCCCCCACCCCCCGCCAAACCAGCGGCGCCCCCAACAGUAGCAGCCGCUCCAGCGGCGGUGGCGGCGGGGUGGCCGUCGUGGCUCGCGUCCGUCGCCAGCGAGGCCAUCAAGGGCUGGGUGCCGCGCCGCGCCGACUCCUUCGAGAAACUCGACAAGAUCGGGCAGGGGACGUACAGCAACGUGUACAAGGCGCGCGACCUGGAGAGCGGGCGGCUGGUGGCGCUGAAGAAGGUGCGCUUCGACAACCUGGAGCCGGAGAGCGUGCGCUUCAUGGCGCGCGAGAUCGAGGUGCUGCGGCGCCUGGACCACCCGAACGUGAUUCGGCUGGAGGGGCUGGUGACGUCGCGCAUGAGCUGCAGCCUGUACCUCGUCUUCGAGUACAUGGAGCACGACCUCGCGGGGCUCGCCGCCUGCCCCGGCAUCUCCUUCACCGAGGCGCAGGUCCGCCGCCCUGCCCUUGCCGCUCGGCCCCUUCCGCGCCUUGUGUUUCUGCCGCGUGCUGUUCCGUGCUUGUCGUUGCGUGGCUUGCGCGAUGCCUCUUCCGGCCGUCAUCCUCACCUCGUGAAGUGUUACAUGCAGCAGCUGGUGGCGGGGUUGGAGCACUGCCACACGCACGGCGUGCUGCACCGCGACAUCAAGGGCAGCAACCUGCUGCUCGACAACACGGGCAGCCUCAAGAUCGCCGACUUCGGGCUCGCCACCUUCUACCGCCCCGAGCAGAACGUGCCGCUCACCAGCCGCGUGGUGACGCUGUGGUACCGGCCGCCCGAGCUGCUGCUGGGCGCCACCACGUACGGCGUCGGCGUCGACCUGUGGAGCAGCGGCUGCAUCCUCGCCGAGCUGCUCGCCGGCAAACCCAUCAUGCCCGGCCGCACCGAGGUGGAGCAGCUGCACAAGAUAUUCAAGCUGUGCGGGUCGCCCAGCGAGGAGUACUGGCGGCGCUCCAAGCUGCCGCACGCCACCAUCUUCAAGCCCACGCAGCCGUACAAGCGCGCGCUGAGGGACCUCUUCAAGGACUUCCCCGCCACGGCGCUCAACCUGCUCGACGUCCUGCUCUCCAUCGAACCCGCCGACCGCGGCUCCGCCACCUCCGCGCUCGCGCACGAGGUGAGGUGUGAGGCAAGGCGAGGGGCGCACGAGGUGAGGCAAGGAGCGCACGAGGUGAGACAAGGGGCGCACGAGGUGAGGCAAGGAGCGCACGAGGUGAGGCAAGGAACGCACGAGGUGAGGCAAGGAGCGCACGAGGUGAGGCAAGGAGCGCACGAGGUGAGGCAAGGAGCGCACGAGGUGAGGCAAGGAGCGCACGAGGUGAGGCAAGGAGCGCACGAGUUCUUCACAACGAAGCCACUGCCAUGCGACCCGGCGUCACUACCGCAGUACCCGCCCAGCAAGGAGUACGACGCCAAGCUGCGCGACGAAGAGGCCCGCAGGUCAUCCCUCCCCGCCCCUCCCCGCCCUUCCCCCUCUUCCCUCUUCCCUCUCUUCCCUCCCGCCCUUCCUCUUCCCUCUCGCCCUUCCCCGCUCCCCGCUGCCCCUCGCUGCCCCGUGCUUGCUCCCCACUUCACGCCCGUGCUCGCCCCUCAAUGCGCCUCCUUGCGCCCUCUCAUCCGCCGCCUGCCCUUUACUCAACCUGCGCCCCUGUGCGGGCCGUACCUCUGCCGUGCCCUUGUGCUGUGCUGCCUGUCGCCUCCUUGCUCCCACUUGCUCUCACCGUGCAACUACGCUGUUGCGUGCACCGCCCCUCAACCUCUGUCACCGUGCACCGCCCCUCAACCUCUGUCACCGUGCACCGCCCCUCAACCUCUGUCACCGUGCAUCCCGCCCUCUCUGCAUCCCCUCCCCUGUGCGCCGCUGCUGCUCCCUGGUGCGUGCUUCACCGCCGUGCCAUUGCUGCUGUGCUGCCACGGCUUGGAUGGAGCAGCCCCUAAGGCGGCGGGGGGCAAGGCGGCGAUAGCGAAGAGCAAGAGUGAGAAGUUCAUCAGCCCGGCGGAGAUGGCGCUGGCAGCGGGCCUGCAGGGGCUGGGCCCGCACGCGCUCGCCGGUGCCAAGGCCGUGGACACGCCCGACGGGCUCAAGGCGCUCAAACCCGCCGACGCCAACGACAAGCUCCGGGGGGCGGCGGCGGGCGGCAAGAGCUUGUCCGCCACCACGUCGUGGGUGCAGGGGCCCUCCUUCUCGUCCGCAGGCGCUGCUGCUGGCGCCACAGGGGGGGCGGCAGGGGCGGGGGUGGGGGGAAGGAACGUGAGUGGGGAGGUGGGGAUUGGGGAGAGCAAGCAGGGGGGGCUGGUACGGACGGGCAGUGCGGGCCGGAGCAAGGGGGGUGUGAACCCCACGAGCCAUGAGCUGUCGGCGGCCGGGGUGGCGGCUGCUGCUGGCGUGGCGGGUGUAGGCGGUGGCAGUGUGGCGGGCACGGGCGCGUCCAAGGACUUCUCCACGGGGUCAUCGCGCGACCUCACGGAGUCGAGAGAUGCUGCUCUGCGCAAAUGUGCUGUCUGUGUUGCGUGCGCCCAACCCACGUGCUCUGCUGCUCCUGCAUGUGCUGCGUGCGCCCAACCCACGUGCUCUGCUGCUCCUGCAUGUGCUGCGUGCGCCCAACCCACGUGCUCUGCUGCUCCUGCAUGUGCUGCGUGUCAUGCUGGAUGCGGCGCUGCUUUCAACAGCAGCAGCACCAAGGCCCGCCUGCACAAGACCCGGUCAGGGGAGUUGUCACAUCUGCCCGGUAAAUCCGAGAGCAAAUCGCGAAACAGCUCGAUGGACGAGAGGCAUCGGCGUGAGGUAGAGGCGCUGUUUGCAUCGGCGUCCAUGUCCGGCGUCCUGCCGGGCGGGCUGCUGGGGAGCGGGGGGGACGGGGAUAGGGGCAGGGAGAAGGGCAGGGAGCGCGAGCAGCAGCGGCCGAGCAGCAGCGGGGGGCACGGUGGGGGCAGCAGUGGGCCGAUGCGCAUGUCGACACGCAAGGCGGGGGGAGCGGGGCAGGCGGAGAAGAGGGGGGUGGAUCAGAAGACGUGGAUGCUGAUGGGCGCCAAGGGCGAGCUGCCCCCCGGCGUCGCUGCUGCGCUGGCCGCCACGCGCGGGGAGGGCCACAGCCACUCGCUCAACGCUGUCGCCAGUGCCAGCAGCCUGGAGCGAGGAGGCGGGGUUGGAGGAGGAGGGGGAGGGGACGACCGUGCAGUGGUGCGCAGCAGCAGCAGCAGCGGGGGGCGCGGUGCGGCGGUGGAGGUGAGUCCGCGGGGGCGGCCCGUGUCCACGUUCGCUGUGGAGUUCAGCCCGCGCCGCGCCAGCCCCAGGCGCCCGGGCAGCGGCGGCGGCAGCGGCAGCAGUGCGGGCGGCAUGCGGGAGGCGGCGGCGGAGGGCAGUCCGCGGCGGCGGUGGUCGCCCAUGCGGGAGGGGUCACCGCGGGGGGCUGCCCGGCCCAAGCGCAGCGUGGUGGGCGUGUCACCCUCGCGAGGCGGCAGCAGCAGUGCUGGGGGCAGCGGGGGGAGCAGUGCGCACAGGCGACGGCCGUCGGGGGGCAGUGGGGGAGGGAGUGGGGGAGGGGGAGAGUCGCAGCAUGUGGGUUUGGAGGGGGGUGUGGUGCGGCCAGGCGCCGUUGCUUCCACUGGCACCUGCUCUGCUGUGGGCCACAUUUCAUUUGUAGGUCAGCUGCGUUUCCGCAUCCAGAGCGCCUGUGAGCACUGGGAUGCGAACAUGUUUUAUACGGCUCGUGCCAAGCAUGCCUUGAGUGAUCGCACUCUCUCGCGCCAACAUAUCGUGAGCAUGGCUGCGGCACCCGGAGCGGCACGGGUAUGGGGCAUCGACUGA